AAGAACUCUACAAGUACUACAGUAAUAAGAAUGUUACAGCCUUGUGUGUAGAACACUACAAGUACUACAGUACUGAAGAUGUCACAACCUUGUAUGAAUGUACUUGUUGAAAUUAGCGUGACAACGUCCCCCAGACAGACUUUCAUCAUGGUCUGGCUCAAGGCCAUCCCUCUGGUACUUCUGGCUUUCCUGACAGUGACCUUCAACGUGGUGGUCCUCUGGAUGUUUAAAGUCAAAAAGUCCUUGCGAAGCUGUAAAAACAUCUACCUGGCCAGCCUAGCUAUGGCCGACCUGAUCAUCGGGGCAUGCAUGUUCCUGGCCACGGUGGAGCAGGUGAAAGGCCGUGUGGAAUGGCUGCCUUUCAUCUCCUGUCGUGUUUACCUUGUCGUCCGUCAAUCCGCUCUAUACAUUUCUCUUCUAAGCCUUCUCCUGAUCACUGGCGACAGAUGGUGGUCAAUACAUUACCCCUUCUCCUACAGGACACGGCGCAGGAAAAGAAACGCCUUCCUUGCCGUAGGAUUUGUCUGGUGCAUUGGAUUCGCCCUUCAGACUAUCCCGGUUGCGGUCUGGGACGUUAUCGACGAUUGGCCUAAGACUCACCUUAAUUCCAGCGACAACGAUGUCUUGUCUCAGACUUUGCCAACUUGUGAAGUUCCAUUUUUGUACAGCAUUUCCUUUGUAGCUGCAGUGUCAGUAGUUCAGUACUUCAUUCCUCUUGUCUCUAUGCUCACCUUAAACUGCAGUCUUUAUGUUGGCAUCCUCUCACGGAAAAAGAUCCAAAUUCGAAGAUCUUUGAACUCUUCAGAGAGGCUGUACUCGUACGACAAAAGAAACUCCAUCUCGUCCGUUCAGGAUUUUAGUUCUUCUGCCGAGGAAUAUGCCGAGCUCUUGAACGGAUUCGGCCAUAGCAAUAAAGCCGUCUCUACUUGUCGCUUAAAUACAGCAAGACGAUUUUCAGCGGGCCCUGUCCUGCUCCGAACUUCACAGUCUGGACUUCCGAUUACCUCCCUUCACAUGUCCACGGCAAGAAGAUUUAGUUGGACGCCUAGAAAAUGCUCCUUGCGUCCAAGUAAAGACGGGGAAGAACUGGCUAGAAGCCUUCUGGUCAAACAGGACAGGCGUGCGGCCUGCUGGCUCGGACUAUUGGUCAUCGUCUUUCUCGUCUGCUGGCUCCCGCAUACCAUCGUUGGUAUUUUACUGACCCUCAGGCAUAACGGUGUCCCCCACUGGGCCAGGGAUGUGACUUUCUGGUUUCUGCUGGCCAACUCUGCGAUAAAUCCGUUACUGUACGGAUUUUUUAACAAGGAGAUUCGCGAGGCUUUCAAACAGUGGAUGUUUGGUGGAACACAGAGAAGGUUGACAGUGAAAAACGCUGUGUUUGUGUACGGUGUAAGUAUUCCUGUGAAUGCCAGGAGAAUUUCCUCCUUUGACACUGUUCCCGAAUAAAGAAAAUGUAUUUGUGAUAAUAAAAAAAAGAAAAAAAUCUUGACCAAGGUGAAUCAAAAUCAAUAAUUCACAACACUUUAUUUAUGAUAUUUGUGUAUAUGUAUUAUAAUAUGAUGUACAUGAGAUAGAAAGAUUGAGCAGUACUUCUUUUUUGUAUAAUUAUAUAUGUUAAAAUAUAUAAUAAUUCUAUCUAUCUAUCUAUCUAUCUAUCUAUCUAUCUAUCUAUCUAUCUAUCUAUCUAUCUAUCUAUCUAUCUAUCUAUCUAUCUAUCUAUCUAUCUAUCUAUCUAUCUAUCUAUCUAUCUAUUUAUCUAUCUAUCUAUCUAUCUAUCUACCUAUCUAUCUAUCUAUCUAUCUAUCUAUCUAUCUACCUAUCUAUCUAUCUAUCUAUCUAUCUAUCUAUCUAUCUAUCUAUUUAUCUGUCUGUCUGUCUGUGUGUCAGUCUGUCUAUCUGUCAGUUUAUCUGGUUAUCUGUCAUUUGUCUGUUUGUCUGUCUGUCUAUCCAACAGAGUGUAUGUCUAAAUUAUUGGUCAUUUUAUAAUAAUAAUAAAAAAAAUAAUAACAAUAAUAAUAAUGAUAAAAUACUUUAUUGUGUCUGCCUUUCAAAAGAUCUAAGUGCUGUUGUUUCUAUCCAUUUUUUGUCAUAUUCGUAUGUCGACACAAUGUGUGAUAAAGUUCUGAAGAUGACGUCACAUUUCAUUCAUUUCAAACUUUCACUGUAGAUUGUUUUAAGACCUUCUUGGAGAUGUGUCUUUUUAUUUAUUCAUUUCUCUAUCGCACUCAUACAAACACAUUUGGAAUCACUUUCUUUGUUUCUCUCUUUCUUUAUCGCUUUCCUCUCUCUUUCUCUCUUUCUUUCUCUCUCUCUCUCUCUCUUACACACACACUCACAUUCUUGACCUUUUACCUCGCUCGUUCGUCUCUCCGCCCUCUCUGUUUCACCUACUCAUUACUCGCACUGAAAACUGGUCUUGCAUUCAAUGAUUCUUUCUAGCUAUAUUUCAAAUGCGCGGCACUUGGGAUCAAAUCCAGGUCAUUAGAUCAGUUCUAUAAACCGGAAAUGUUUUGUUUUUUUGUUUCUCUUUACAAAUCUGUUUCAUGAAAUGCUUUAAUUUUGACAUAAUAACAUAGACACAUAGACACAUAGAGUGACAAAAGACUUUGUGCAUCAUUUUUGUUUUCUUAUUAUAAGGGGGGUGGGUGAGGGAUGUGUAAAGCUGAUUUAAGAUAAAUAGAACUAGCCAGGACAGAACUCAAUCCCGUGAUUCGCUUGUGUUAUUGGACUAGGUGGUAUCAAGUGAAAACAGAUUAUCUAACCAGAUGUAUUCACAGCUAUGUGGUCAGCGCUUGUGUUGUUGCAAAGUUCUGGACUCCAACAUCUUGCUGGUCGUUGCUCUUCUACUUUCUUGCAUUAGGCUCGGACUAGGUUGUAGUUAAAGUGUUUGGGUUGUUUGUUUUUUUCAUUUAUUUUUUAUUUUUUAAUAUGUUAAAGGAAAGUCUGCAGAAACUUUUCUGAUCUUAAACUGCAUUAUGUUUUUAACAGCACAGGCCUACACGUUUACCACUUGGUGUAUCAUGCAAUUUGAAACCACAGACUUUAUCAUAAAACAAUUCAAUAUAAAUUUUUAUUGAUUUCUUUUUACAUAUGUAGAUAUAAGUAUGUAAGUGAGUAUUUUAAAUUUGCUACAAUUCAGAGAAGUAAGGUUUGAGAAACGUGAAUGUACCAAGCAGCAUUUGUACGAUUCUUCAUAUUAGCUUGCAAAUAAAUAAAGAACGAAACUAGACACGGAUCUCGAAAGAGGCUCUAACGAUUUUCAUAGAAAUAUACAAUUUGGGAAGAGAAUUGACCACAAAGUGAGAAAUCUAGUUUGAAUUUUUC